AUGGAGGAGCUUGUGAGGGAGACCAAAGAGGAGAGAGUUGCAGUAAUCAAUGCAGAAGUUGACAAGACUAUGGACAAGAAUGGGGUAGUGUGGGGGUUGAGGGAAGGGCGGAGACAGUUGAUGCUGCAGAGGCUAAACCACAUCAUGCAGAGGAGUCCCCGCUACAAAGCUGCUCAGCAGAAUCAUAUGUCGUCUCAUGACUUUGAGGCUCUAGGAUGCCACGAGCAGCUGGAUCCAAAGCACGGCCAGGACUGCGAGGACCCCAGAGAAUACUGUUAUGGUGGGUACCAUCCUGUCCAUGUAGGUGACACCUUUAACAGAAGAUACCAGGUGGUUUCUAAACUCGGCUGGGGCUAUUUCUCCACUGUCUGGCUGUGUCUGGACCUCAGGUCAGGCCGGCGUGUUGCUGUGAAGGUCCUGAAGAGUGGAGCCGGCUUCACCCAGGCAGGACAAGAUGAACUUGCUCUCCUAAGAUGCGCUAGUGGUCCUACGAGCCGUCAUCCCUCCAGUCAAAGGAUCGUUCAGCUGUUAGAUGAGUUCAAGCUGGCCGGGGUCAACGGGGUCCACAUGUGCCUGGUGCUGGAGCUGUUGGGACCUGACCUGAGAAGCUGGCAGCUAUGUUUUGGGAAUCCUGGACUGACACGACCUUUGGUCAAACAAAUCCUUAUUCAGGUCCUGCAGGGUCUGGACUACCUUCACACUCAGUGUAAAAUCAUCCACACAGACAUCAAGCCUGAGAACAUCCUGCUGUGUCUGGAGGAGCAGCCCCACAAAUUACCAGCAGGGGACAGCAGCUCCUCCUCUGUACUGACUGGGAAAGACGCCAAGUCCACAGAGAAGGAGCAGAUGAACCCAUACAGUUUAAAGGACAUUACAGUGAAGAUCGCUGACCUGGGCAGCUCCUGCUGGGUGUACAAACAUUUCUGUGAGGAGAUUCAGACGCGUCAGUAUCGAUCGCUGGAGGUUUUACUGGGAUCUGAGUACGGCCCGCCUGCUGACAUCUGGAGUGUCGCCUGCAUGGCCUUUGAGUUGGUCACUGGAGACUCCCUGUUUGAACCCAAAGCUGGAGAGUCCAUUUCCCUGGAGGAAGACCAUAUAGCCCAGAUCAUGGAGCUGCUUGGUAAAAUCCCCCCACCAGUUGUCAUGUCGGGUAAAUACUCUGCAGAGUACUUCAGCCGCAGAGGUGAGCUGCGCCGUGUCGGUCCACUGAAGCUCUGGAGCCUCUACGACGUUCUGGUGGAGAAAUAUCACUUCCUGUUGGAGGACGCCACUGGAUUCUCCGACUUCCUUCUUCGCAUGUUGGAUUUCCAUCCUGAGAGGAGGGCCACCGCUGCACAGUGCCUCCUCCACCCCUGGCUGGCCUCCUGAGGGCUUCCUGAAGGCUCUAACGGGGCCUCGCCCCAUCUCUGGUCCUCAUGCUGGCAGCAGCUGACCUGGACUGAAAGUGUCAGACUCAAACUCAAGCUGUGAGAGGUUAAACAUGCAGAGGACAUCUUUUAGGGCAGGGGUGUCAAACUCUGGACCGCGGGCCAAAUUUGGUGUAAUUUUAUUUGGCCCGCGAGGCAAUACCAAAUUAUUAUAUAAUUAUUGUCCUAUAAAAGCUGACCCGCCGGUAUUAUACGGCACAUUUACCACUAAUACUACAAAUCCCACAAUGCCCUGCUGUUGUUUUGGCGCGUCAAUCAGGACAGGACCCAGAAACGCUCCUCUGUGACAGUCGUCAUAGCAACCUCAAGCUAGAGCUGUCUCCGAGCUACCCCUUCCCAAAAAUGGCGAAAAGAAAGGCAGAAUUUGUUAACCUGUUGAAAAACUUUAUUUUGAUAUUUAAAUCAGAAGGAUGCAAAUAGAAAAGAGGCAUACGAUUUUUAUUCAAUUUUUAUUUAAUAAAUUAAUGACAUUGAUGUGUUUUUUAUUUGAAAUUUGAUUUUGCAUGUCUGCACUAUUUAGUUAUAUAUUGUAUGUUUAUAAGCGUUGCUGGUUCCAUAUUUAAUGUUAAAGCAAAACAUGUUUGGUAUAUAUUAAAAGGUUUAUUUGUUCAAUGUUGGCCCGCAAUUUUAUUCAAGUUUUAAAUUUUGGCCCAUUGUGUAUUUGAGUUUGACACCCCUG